GAGGCCAUGUUUGCUGAUCUGGGUCACUUCAGUGUUCGAGCAAUCCAAAUCAGUUUCACUUGCUUCACAUUUCCCACAAUACUCUUUGCUUACUUUGGGCAAGCAGCAUAUCUCACCAAGUACCCAGAGAAGGUGUCGGAGACUUUUUACGCGUCAAUACCACGUCCUAUGUACUGGCCAACGUUUGUGGUGGCUGUACUUGCCGCCAUUAUUGCCAGCCAAGCUUUGAUAACUGGGACGUUCUCAAUCAUCUCCCAGUCCCUAAGCAUGGGCUGUUUCCCUCGAGUCAAGAUUGUUCACACCUCAGCUAAAAACGAGGGCCAGGUCUACAUCCCCGAGAUCAACUACGUCCUCAUGAUUUUCUGCGUCAUCAUCACUGCGGCCUUCAAGACCACAGAAAAAAUUGGCAACGCUUAUGGAAUUGCGGUGGUCAGUGUGAUGGUGAUCACAACCUGCAUGCUAACCCUAAUCAUGUUGGUCAUAUGGAAGAUAAGCAUAAUCUUGAUUGCUAUCUUCUUUAUCAUCUUCAUUGCGAUCGAGGGAGUUUAUUUAUCUGCGGUCUUAUUCAAAUUCAGUGAAGGUGGCUACCUUCCUCUGUGCUUUGCCGCUGUGCUCAUGAUGAUUAUGGCGAUUUGGCAUUACGUGCACAAACAAUGCUACACUUACGAGGCCAACCACAAGGUGUCUAGCGAGUACAUGAAGCAGUUGUCCUCUAACCCUAACAUAAACCGGGUGCCAGGAAUUGGGCUUUUGUACUCGGAGCUUGUUCAAGGAAUUCCUCCUAUAUUUUCUCACUUUGUUUCCAACAUACCUUCGGUCCACUCUGUUGUGGUUGUUGUGACGAUCAAGCCCCUCCCUGUGAGCAAAGUGUUGCUGGAGGAGAGGUUUCUUUUCCGGCAACUGGAGCCAAAAGAUUACAGAAUGUUCCGUUGCGUGGCGCGGUACGGCUACAACGACAGGGUUGAGGAGCCUGCGGAGUUCGAGAGACAAUUGGUUGAGAAUUUGAAAGAGUUUAUUUGUCACCAACACUUGAUGCCCUCUGAAGAUCAAGGUGUAAGCGGUCGUCAGAAAGCCGAAGAGGAAACUCAGUUUGUGCAAGAGGCAAUGGAAAAAAGUAUUGUUUAUCUGCUGGGAGAGACUCAGGUGGUGGCAGAAGAGAAAUCUUCCUGGUUCAAGAAGAUUAUUGUCAACUAUAUCUAUGAUUUCCUGAGGAAAAACUUCAGGCAGUCUGAGAGUAUGAUGGCGAUCCCAAGGACCAGGCUUGUUAGGGUUGGAAUGACCUACGAUAUAUAAUGAAGCUCCUCGGGCGACUUAGUAUACUUAGAACUAAGCUCUAUAUUUUACUUUUCGCCCCAAUAAAAUUAAGCAUUUAGGGUUUUUCAAUUUGUUUUUCUUUUUUUAAUGUAGUUGAGCUUAAUAGAUGCAGCCUAUUCUUACACAAGGAAUAAAUGUUUCAGUUCUCUCA